AUGAAACUGUUGUUGGCCCAGUAAGGAGCCAGCCUGAUGCUUCAUCCCCAAGAGUGACUCGAAAUAUGGCUAAAGAGAAAGCAGCAAAAGAGGCAAAUGCAUUCCCUUUAAGACAGAUUGUUCAAUAGGCUCCAAGAGGCUACACUGAAAAUGCCAAUGAAGAACCUAAUGAAAUUAUAGCACGCACUGCCUAUCAACAUGUCCCAUUCACAUCCUCAGACUUAUUAAACUGGAAACAACACAUGGGGCCCUAUAAUGAAAAACCUCAGGAGAUGGCAGCUUUUGUAGAAGGGUUGAUGCAAUCACAUGACCCCACAUGGGGGGAUUGUAAGCAAUUGUUAAACGCUUUAUUCACUGCUGAGGAAAGAAGAAGAAUUUUGACUGAUGCUAUGGUCAUAGCACAGCAGGGGCAUGGAGCUGUAGAUCCUAUCUUGCAUGCUCAGCAACAAUUCCCGAUAACUAAGGACCCUGAAUGGAAUCCAAAUAAUGAAAUUCAGUAUGCACAGCUUAAGAAAUUUCAAAACAUUUUGGUCCAGGCUAUUAAGAAAGGACCACCAAAGGUAAUAAAUUUGAAGAAGUUGUACACAGUGGAGCAAAAUAAAAUUGAGUCCCCAAGUGCAUUUCUUGAACGGCUGAUUGAUGCAUAUCGUAGAUGGAGCCCCUAUGAUAUGGAUGAGGAGAGCGAAAAGAGCGCAGGCAAGCUGGCUCUCAAGCAAUCUUUUAUUGCACAAGUAGCACCUGAUAUUCGUAGGAAAAUCCAAAAGUCCCCUGGUUUUGCUGAAUUGUCCCUGAAUAGGCUAAUGGAGAUAGCCACCCAGGCCGAUGUGAAUAGGGAAGAGCAAGAAGAGAGAAAAGAUGAAGAGAAGCAGAAGAGAAAGGCAAAGAUAUUUCUGACAGCGAUGGCAGAAACCCGAACAGGCCAGAGAGGAAGAGGAAGAGGCCGAGGGUACAGUAAAGGAAAAGGAAGGUUGGGAAGAUUUCAAUGUGCUCUCUGUGGGGAAACUGGACACUGGAAAUCAGCAUGUCCGUAUGCAAAAGAGAACGGAAAUCAAAAUGAUAGAGAGAACCGAGGGCCAUGGAGAGGAGCCGCAAGAGGAAGAGCCAGAGGAAGAGGGGGACCAGGAAGAGUGAGAGUGGAAACUUCAGCAUCAGGAGGACCAGCCUGUCAAUACCAGCCAAAUACAGAAGAAGACAUGGAUGCCUAUUAUGGGAUGGCAUGUAUGCAAGACUGGGACUAGGAUAGACCAGGUUCC